CGCCCUCCGCGGCUCGGUUUCGUUUCCUCGGCGGCCUCGGGGCUGUGCUGCCGCGGCGCCCGCGCGUCCUGUGCCGUCGCCCCGCGAUCGCCAUGGCCGAGCUGUACCCGCUGGCCGAGGAGCUGUCGUGCUCCAUCUGCCUGGAGCCCUUCAAGGAGCCGGUCACCACGCCGUGCGGCCACAACUUCUGCGGGUCGUGCCUGAGCGAGACGUGGGCCGUCCAGGGCGCGCCGUACCUGUGCCCGCACUGCCGCGCCGUCUACGCGACGCGGCCGCAGCUGCACAAGAACACCGUGCUGUGCGCCGUGGUGGAGCAGUUCCUGCAGGCCGAGCUGGCCCGGGAGGCGCCCGCCGACGACGGCUGGACGCCGCCCGCCCGCGCCGCGGCCCCCAGCCCGAGCGCCUGGGUGGCCUGCGACCACUGCCUGAAGGAGGCCGCCGUGAAGACGUGCCUCGUGUGCAUGGCCUCCUUCUGCCAGGAGCACCUGCGGCCGCACCUCGACAGCCCCGCCUUCCAGGACCACCCGCUGCAGCCGCCGGUGGGAGACCUGCUGCGCCGCAAGUGCCCGCAGCACAACCGGCUGCGGGAGUUUUUCUGCUGGGAGCACAGCGAGUGCAUCUGCCACAUAUGCCUGGUGGAGCACAAAGCCUGCUCGCCCGUGUCCCUGAGCCAGGCCAGCGCCGAACUGGAGACCAAGCUGAGGCAUAAAAUAACUGUCAUGUACAGUCAGAUCAAUGGGGCCUCGAGGGCGCUGGAGGACGUGAAAACCAGGCAGCAGGAUGUGCGGGCUACUAUCAACAAGAAGAUGGAGCAGCUUAGACAAGAAUACAUGGAGAUGAAGGCUCUCAUUGAGGCCUCGGAGGCCACCCAGACACGGAAGAUGAAGGAAGAAGAGAAGAGGGUCAUCGGCAAGUUCGACGCCAUUUAUCAGGCUCUCCUCAAGAGGAAGGGUGAGAUCCAGAAGCUGAAGGAGGAGAUUGAACUCGGCCUGACCAAAGGAGACGAGUUAGAGUUUCUGGAGAAAGCGUCAAAACUGCAGGGAAUCUCUACGAAGCCAGUGUACGUCACCAAGGUGGAGCUGAACCACGAGCUGAUGAAGGGUGUCCACCAGAGCACCGUGGACCUCAAGAACGAGCUGAAGCGCUGCCUCAGGCAGCUCCAGGAGAGGAAGCACGAGGAGCACACGGGCUCAGGUGACUCUGGAGAGCAUGUCCCAGCGUCCACACACAAAUCCUCACGCCCUGCAAAGGUCUCAAAAGAUGAAAAGACAUCCAAGAAGCAUGCCGCGCCCCCUGCCUCGGCUAGCAAGCUUCCCACCUUCGGAGCUCCGGAACAGUCAGUGGAUUUGAAACAAGCUGGCCUGGAGGCUGCAGCCAAAGCCACCAACUCAAAGGCGACCUCAGAGUUGCUCAAGGCCACGGUGCUGGGGAACUUCCUAGCCAAGUCCAGACCCGAGCUCCUGGAGUAUUAUGUAAAAGUCAUCCUGGACUACAACACUGCCCACUCCAAGGUGACCCUGUCAGAGAACUACACCGUGGCUUCUGUGGCUGACACUCCUCAGAGCUACCGGCCGCAUCCUCAGAGGUUCACGUCCUGCUCUCAGGUGCUGGGCCUGCACUGCUACAAGAAAGGGAUCCACUACUGGGAGGUGGAGCUGCAGAAGAACAACUUCUGUGGGGUAGGCAUCUGCUACGGCAGCAUGGAACGCAAGGGCCCCGAGAGCAGGCUCGGCCGCAACAGUGCCUCCUGGUGCGUGGAGUGGUUCAACACCAAGAUCUCUGCCUGGCACAACAACGUGGAGAAAACCCUGCCCUCCACCAAGGCCACUCGGGUCGGCGUGCUUCUCAACUGUGACCAUGGCUUUGUCAUCUUCUUCGCUGUUGCCGACAAGGUCCACCUGUUGUACAAGUACAAGGUGGACUUUACUGAAGCCGUGUACCCCGGCUUCUGGGUGUUCUCUGCAGGGGGCACGCUCACUAUCUGCCCCCGCAACUAGGCAGGCCACGGGCACUCGGGUUGACUGCCUGCGGAGACCCGAGACUCUAAUAACAAUACUGCAGGUGGAACUUUGCUCAGAGAACUUCCCCAAGAGUCCCCAAGGGUUGGAAGGAUGGAUGGGGUUGCAUGGGACGGGAGCUGGUGGGAGGGUGGGGAGAUGGGAUAAGAAGAAGGGAUUGGGCCAGGGAAAGGGUGGGUGAUUGUGUUGUGGGCGAGGAAGCAUUUCUACCUCUUGCUGCCUCCCAGCGUGGGCUGGACUCCUCCCCAGGGCUCUGGGAAGCCUCUGGGCUGCUGGGCAGAGCUUUGGGAAGUCAUGCCUCCUUCCUCUUAGGGAAAAUCUGUAGCCAUUGCAGGUUCCUUCUCGGGCCACUCAGUAUCUGCCCUUUGCUCUCUGGGGUAGUCUUCAGAUAUUGCAGUUUUGAUAACUUUCUAUAGAUGUUUUGCAAAUACCAAAGUCAUUGAAUUUCAAUAUUACGCAGCUCCCACUACCCACGUAGUGGGCUUCCAUUCCCUGGUUAUGAUCUGCUCGUGGUAACUGCCCACAGCAGUUUCCACCCGGAGAAAGAAACUCUUUUUUAAGUCCAGAGUUUCUUAAAGAAGCACAUCCUCCUCCUUCCCCUGGAAAAUAGUGCUGCUCUCUUCCCACCGUGCUCACCCCAUUGAGAGUUUAAAAAUGUUUCUUCAUACAGGAGCCUUUUAAGGUGAACCUUUUAAGGUAAACCUUCAAAGGUUGAAUUUGUGAUUCAAGGUCAAGGUGACCCAGGUCCAGUCUGGAUGAAAGUCCUUCCCGAGCCCAAGCGUUAUGAGAGGCAUCUCGGCCAAGAUGCUUUAGCUGCAGCUGUGAGCUUCCAUGCCCGAGACUAUGGGGCCAGGGGCUCUGCUGGGCAAGAGGGACUGUGACCUGGGUCGACGGAAGCAACAGAUGCUCGUGUUAGAGCAUCUUGCCUUCUUACUGACAGCUGUCCUCAGCUGCAGCCUCCCCUCCCCUGGAUGGUGAGGCAUUGGAUGAAUGACAGAUGACAGUGGCCAACCACUGCAGCCGGCACAGUCGAGGUAUCCGAAGCCUGCUGCUGCAAAGGCCAUGUGGCUGCCUCAGGGACUUACCAGGUCACCUGCUGUGGGGACUAGCUACGGCCCAGAGGGUCUUUUAGCAAACCCCAUGGGGGUUUGCAGUGCUGCCCAUCUCUGGCCACAGGUCACAGGCCCAGCGCUGGCCCUGGCAUCGUGAGUCAGAGGCCUGGGGCUGGCCUGAGCCCCUCCCACUGUUGUUCUCAUUUCAGCCAAUUCUAGAUGCUCACACUGACCAGGCUAGAGGUCAGAAAGACUUUUAAGGACCAGGAAGGAAAUGAGCUAACGAGAUAAGUGGCUGUUUUCCCUGCAGUGUUUCUGUGCAGUGAAAAUAACCCAGUCCGUGUAGGGGCAGGAGUGAACAGAUUGCUGGACUUGCCCCAAGCUCCUUGCAGCCUGGUGUUGUCAGGAUGGAGUGUGAGAGAUUUAACCUCUUGUAGUGCAUGGAGUCCAGCUCUGGGCUCUGCCAAGAGGAGAACUCCCCUCAAGCUUCUUAUAAUAUGAAAAGAGAUCAGGGGCCCCAGACCUUUUCAUAUGGAUACUUGAGGAUUUAACACAUCUCAGGCCUUGUGCUGGAAUUCCAGGGCACUCUAGCCAGGCUCACAGCACUCGGUAUUCCUGAUAGGUACACACCUGACGUACAGGUGCAUACCUGAUCUGUCUCUUCUCCCAGCAAGAACUUUCAGUUCCUUGGGGGAGAGAGAAUCUUUGCAGGGAAGACAUCCCUGCAAUAGGUGAUAUAUGAUCUUUAAAAGCUUUCUCCCUUCGCUACCCGGAAGAAAGGUUUUUUGGUAAUUCUCUGCUUUUGAAGAUGGUCAAAAUCAUCUUCACUGAUUUCCUGAAACAAAAGCCUUGUCUAAAGGCAAUUAGACUUGGGAAACAGCUGGGUUUAGAGGAAUAGAAUGCCAAAGAUUAAUCCGCGGCUCCUGCUAUGGCUCUCUUCUGCAGAAAUGAGCGCAUCAGACAGGGCGCCUUCUGGCAAAUGUGCAGCUCAGGAGAGGGAAGCUUGAGCCCCUCUGUUGACAGGAGAGUCGAGUAGGUAACCCAAGCUGAGCUCCGUGCAAGACACUUUGGAGUCAUCAGUCGAGCACGCCUUGCUGUCUUGAACCAUUCUGUUUGCAGUGGCGAGACCUUACAUGACCUAGCCGUGCAGGGCUGCCGCACGACCCUAGAGGCCUAGAGUUGGAGGGACCUUUGUAUCCAUCGGACUUCUCAUUUUGCAGAAUAAGAUGAAAAGGUAGAGAGGGUCACUCUGUUCACCACUCUUGCCAUUCCAUCGGGGUGGAGAUGCCCCCUAGCAUGUGUGAGGGGGAAACCCUGGUAUCCUGGGGAAGUACCAGAAACCCCCGGAAGCACAAACAUAAAAUACUAUCCUAGACCCGGGUACUAGGGACUGUCGCAGUCACUGUGGCGUGAUCAACCAAAGGUUAGGGUCAAACCUUUGUAUUAUUCAAGACAGGGUGGCAAAUUAUUCCUGUUUUAAUUAUUCUGAAAUCGAUCUAUGAUCUAUAUAUAAUAAUCAUACAUAAUCUUUUUCCUCAUUUUCCCUCUCACUAUUGAUUUUAAUUAGGAAUAUCUGAGCUGUUACUAUUUUAGCUUUUUUUUUUUUUCUUUAAAGAGUUGAUUCUUAAAGGAGAUCAUCACAACUAUAGACAGGAAUGGGGCUGGCUGUUGUGCCUUAGAAGCUUUGAGUGCCGUAAAGCGAUGUUUAGCGGUCCUUCCUACAUUGCAGUGCAGGUAGAAAGCGUUCCUUGUUCGUCGUGCUGAAGUUAACAGACAAGGUGCCCACUACAGAACGCUACUGCCCAGGGAGCCCCGGCCGCCCGCGCCCCACCCAGCUGCUCCCAGGGGUUGAAAUUUCAGCAGACCUGUAGCCCAUUUAGACCUGCCGUGGUACAGCGCCCCCUCAGCAAGCUGCUGGUAAAGGAUUCUCGGGCUGAUAGAUAGGAUGUCUGUCCGGCCUUCACCUCGGGUGACCCAAGGGUAGGGCGCAGAGAGAAGUGGAGGAAGAGUAAGCCACACACGGAUAGUCAGGGCACAGAGAUGGAGGUGUAAGUGCUCCUCAUUUCUGCUAUUGCAUAUGUUUGAAAAUUUCUAUAAUAGAAAGUUAAAAAAUGAAAUAAAAAACAGCCCAGGCCAGCAAUGGGCCCUGUUCUGUGAAUUUUAUGCUUGUUUGAAUUGCGAUAGGAGUUGGAGGAGGUGUGGAUUGGAAGUUUUGGGGCCUUUGUUCCUGGUUCCUGGGGGACAAAGACUUUCAGUCCUGGAAAUGUCCUGAGUAAUAGGUGAGUCCUUGUUAUUGAUGAGCCCCUUGGGCCACACCUGAGUUUAUGCUAAGAGGUGAGAAGACUCAGGAUGGGGGCUGGUCACCAGGAAGGCCUGCCUUGGCACUAGAGGGCGGGGCUUUGCAUCAGCCUGACCUAUGCAGAAGGAAGCUGGAGAUUUGAGUUUAAUCCUGUGGCCAGUGAUUCAGUCAAUACACAAUGAAACCCCAAUAAAAACUCUGGACAUGGAAGUGUGGGGUGGCUUCCUGGUUGGUGAACACAUCAGUGUGCUGGGAGGGUAGUGCACCCUAAUUCCUAGAGAUGAGGGCACAGAAAUUCUGUGUUUGAGGCCCUCCCAGCAGACCUUGCCCUGUGUCUCUUCAUUUGGCUGGUCCUGAUUUGUAUCUUUCUAAUAAAACUGUAAUCAUAAGUACA